GGGAGGAGGAAGAAGGGAACGGGGUCGGAGCCGUCGGGGCCAAAGGCAUUAAGAGCCGGGAAGAGGCAGCUUCGACCCAACUGGGGACACUUCUUUCACCCCCGGUACUUAAAGACCCAACCGGAGUCCAGGCGUUGCCCCUAGCAGGCCCCACCUUAUACUUGGCGGGCGUCGGAACCCGGCUCCUAGGACUACUUCGGGACCAGGGGACGUUCCACCCCUCUAAGACAGCCAUGGUGAGGUGCCGGAGGCCCGAGGGCCCCACCCCUCCAGCUUGACCACACUGCCCUGGGUGCCCUCCUCCCGAAGCCCGAGAUGCGGGGGGCCGGGAGGCUGCACUCCUGGCUCCCCAGAGAGGCGUGGGUCUGGGGCUGAGGACCAGGGCCCGGAUGCCCAGGUGCCAGAACUAGGGCCUCAACACCUAGCGGGGGUGGAGACCACAGGCAUCGGGAGAAGGUUCCCCACACAUUCCUGAGCCGGCUGCCGGCCAUGGAGCCCUUGAAGAACCUCUUCCUCAAGAGCCCUCUGGGGUCAUGGAACAGCAGUGGGGGCAGUGGGAGUGGUGGUGGAGGCCGGCCUGAGGGGACCCCGAAGGCAGCAGCUUAUGCCAACCCUGUGUGGACAGCCCUAUUCGACUAUGAGCCCAAUGGGCAGGACGAGUUGGCGCUGCGGAAGGGCGACCGUGUGGAGGUGCUGUCCCGGGAUGCAGCCAUCUCAGGAGAUGAGGGCUGGUGGGCGGGCCAGGUGGGCGGCCAGGUAGGCAUCUUUCCAUCCAACUAUGUGUCUCGGGGUAGUGGCCCGCCCCCCUGUGAGGUAGCCAGCUUCCAGGAGCUGCGACUGGAGGAGGUGAUUGGCAUUGGUGGCUUCGGCAAGGUCUACCGUGGCAGCUGGAGAGGGGAGCUGGUGGCUGUGAAGGCAGCUCGCCAGGACCCCGAUGAGGACAUCAGUGUGACAGCUGAGAGUGUUCGCCAGGAGGCCCGGCUUUUCGCCAUGCUGGCACAUCCCAACAUCAUUGCCCUCAAAGCUGUGUGCCUGGAAGAGCCAAACCUAUGCCUAGUGAUGGAGUAUGCAGCAGGUGGGCCCCUCAGUCGUGCACUGGCUGGACGGCGUGUGCCCCCCCACGUACUGGUCAACUGGGCAGUGCAGAUUGCUCGUGGGAUGCACUACUUGCACUGUGAAGCCUUGGUGCCUGUCAUCCACCGGGACCUGAAGUCCAACAACAUUCUUCUGCUGCAGCCCAUUGAGGGUGAUGACAUGGAGCAUAAGACCCUGAAGAUUACUGACUUUGGCCUGGCCCGAGAGUGGCACAAAACCACACAAAUGAGUGCUGCAGGCACCUACGCCUGGAUGGCUCCAGAGGUUAUCAAAGCCUCUACCUUCUCUAAGGGCAGCGAUGUCUGGAGCUUUGGGGUACUGCUGUGGGAACUGCUGACUGGAGAGGUGCCCUACCGUGGUAUCGACUGCCUUGCUGUGGCCUAUGGUGUAGCUGUUAACAAGCUCACAUUGCCCAUCCCAUCCACCUGCCCGGAACCCUUCGCACAGCUCAUGGCCGAUUGUUGGGCACAGGACCCCCACCGCAGACCCGACUUUGCCUCCAUCCUGCAACAGUUGGAGGCGCUAGAGGCGCAGGUCCUGCGGGAAAUGCCGCGGGACUCCUUCCAUUCUAUGCAGGAAGGCUGGAAACGCGAGAUCCAGGGCCUCUUCGACGAGCUGCGGGCCAAGGAAAAGGAACUGCUGAGCCGCGAGGAGGAGCUGACGCGCGCGGCCCGCGAGCAGCGGUCUCAGGCCGAGCAGCUGCGACGGCGCGAGCACCUGCUGGCGCAGUGGGAGCUGGAGGUGUUCGAGCGCGAGCUCACGCUGCUGCUGCAGCAGGUGGACCGCGAACGGCCGCACGUGCGCCGCCGCCGCGGCACCUUCAAGCGCAGCAAGCUCCGGGCGCGCGACGGCGGCGAGCGCAUCAGCAUGCCCCUGGAUUUCAAGCACCGCAUCACCGUGCAGGCUUCACCUGGCCUUGAUCGGAGGAGAAACGUCUUCGAGGUUGGGGCUGGGGACUCACCCACAUUCCCUCGGUUCCGAGCUAUCCAGUUGGAACCUGUAGAGCCCAGCCAAGCCUGGGGCCGCCAGUCCCCGCGCCGUCUGGAAGAUUCAAGCAAUGGAGAGCGGCGAGCAUGCUGGGCCUGGGGUCCUAGUUCCCCCAAGCCUGGAGAAGCCCAGAAUGGGAGGAGAAGGUCCCGCAUGGACGAAGCAACGUGGUACCUGGAUUCAGAUGACUCCUCCCCCUUAGGAUCUCCUUCCACACCCCCAACACUCAAUGGUAACCCCCCACGGCCGAGCCCAGAGCCAGAGGAACCACGGAAGCCGAGCCCUGCAGAGCGCGGCAGCAGUUCUGGGACACCCAAGCUGAUCCAGCGUGCACUGCUGCGUGGCACUGCUCUGCUAGCCUCUCUGGGCCUUGGCCGGGACCUACAGCUGCCCGGAGGUCUGGCCCGCGAGCGAGGGGAGCCCCCACCAGCGCCCCCUAUGCCAAUGUCCAUGCCAAGCCCCACGGAGCCACCCUCCACCCCACUCAUCCGACUGUCUCCCACAACACCUGAUGCCCGUAGUCCACCCACCCCUGCACCCCUAUUACUGGACCUGAGUGUACCCUCCGGCCAACCAUCAGCCAAGAGCCCUCGGCGGGAGGAGACACGUGGAAGAACUGUCUCACCCCCACCAGGAAUAUCACGCUCUGCUCCUGGCACCCCUGGCACCCCUCGCUCACCACCUUUGGGCCUCAUCAGCCGACCUCGGCCCUCACCCCUUCGCAGCCGCAUAGACCCCUGGAGCUUCGUGUCAGCUGGGCCACGGCCUUCACCCCUGCCCUCGCCACAGCCUGCGCCCCGUCGGGCACCCUGGACCUUGUUCCCAGACUCAGAUCCGUUCUGGGACUCUCCAACUGCCAACCCUUUCCGGACAGGCCCCCAGGACUGCAGGGCACAGACCAAAGACAUGGGUGCCCAGGCCCCAUGGGCCCCAGAGGCAGGGCCUUGAAUGGGCUGGCGCAGGCCAUGCCCUCAUGCUCCAGCUGCCUUAGAGGAACUACAGCGUACACUGGAAUGGGAGCCAGGCAGUCCUCUGUAGCUGUCCUGGUUUCCCCCAGGGAUCCCACUCUCCCCCCCCCUUGGGGAUCAGGAACACUACACUGCACAGGAUGCCUUCACACUGGAUGGGGGGGCUGUACCCCCCACACCUGCAACUUGUAGGUCCUUCUGACAUACCUGCCCCACUGGGGCCUGACACUGUACCCAGCUGGUUGGGAGGACCAGAGCUUGUCUCAGGGAAUUGCCCCCAGAGGUGGCACAGGGAGGAGGGGAAGUGCAGGGGGGAAGGGCUAGCCUUAGCUGUCACCAGCACUUUUGUUCAAGUCCUGUUACUGUGCCCCCUGCCCCAAGACUUAGUUCCUGAGCCCCUGCCCUGGGGGUCGUCAGGGGUCAGGGAUUUCUGGGUGCCUUUCUGCUGCCCCAGCCAGGGUUGGGACCCUGGACUGGAGAUCCAAUGAAGCCAAAUAAACUCGGAAGCUGUCUCCCCAAA